CCUGGUUGUUUAGGGUUUACCUUGUUAAGCACGUCUUCUAUGGCAUAUCCAACUCUAUAAAUACCCAUUCUUUGCACCCUCGUUUCUUUCCCUUCCCUUCUUUUCCUCUACUUUCUCUCUCUCCUCUGCAACUUUCUUAAUUAUCAGAGAGGUUUUUUGUUUUUGAUCUGAGAACUGCAUUAUAGAGAUCAGUCCUUGUUUGAUAAGAAAAAAAUAAAAGAACAGAAAAAAAAAAAAAACAGGCAGGCACUUUUGUUAACACGUGGAUUAGGGCAAAAUAGAUAAUGUCCAUCGGAAUUCAGCUUUAAGAACCUGUCAGGGAUAGCUGACUUUGAUAUCGAUGUGGACAAGCUAUUCUCUUUGCUCUACCAUUAAUGGUGGUCAGUAUCUGAACAUUGAUAUUUCUGGUGCAUUUUGCUGGAACCCUUCUUUCAUUUCUUGAAAAUCCUAGUGCAAAUAAUGUUCUGCCACCCAUCAAAUGUUGUGUAGCUUUGGAGAUGACAAGUUCUCAGGAAGUGCUUGCUUGAUGAACAGCUUUCCCAGUAGCAGCGACAAGAAAACAUUGAAGAGGUGGUUUUUCAUUGAUAAAAGGGUUGGGUAAAAGGCAUUUUGUAUAACGUGCACAAAUUAUUGUUUGGUCAAGUGUUUGUUGGUAUCAUAAUUCAUUCUUCACAAGUACUACCAAGUAAUCUGGCUACUAUGGACAUCGAGUCAAACCAUUCUUCUCCUGUUCUCACUGAUCCUGCUCCAAUAAACAAGUCAAGGCUCGGCAUCCAUUCUAAUUUGUUGCCUUACGCACCAUCGGGAGGAUCACUCUCCUCUAGCAAGUAUAGAAACAUUCCUAGAAAAAAGCCUGGGAAACUUGAUGAAGUCUGCUCGAAUGCAUGUCUGGAUGCCAUGAAAUCCUCAUCACCCCCUCGCAAGAAGCUCAUUAUGGAUGGUGCUGACACGGCUUACAGCACCUGGAUGCUCAAGCAUCCAUCAGCACUCAACUCAUUUGAGGAAAUUGCAAAUUUUGCCAAAAACAAAAGGAUAGCAAUGUUUCUAGACUAUGAUGGUACUCUCUCUCCAAUAGUAGAUGACCCAGAUAAUGCCCUUAUGUCUGAUGAUAUGCGUUUUGCAGUAAGAAACUUUGCAAAAUAUUUCCCAACGGCGAUUAUUAGUGGAAGAAGUCGUGACAAGGUUUAUCAGCUUGUAGGACUAGCAGAAUUGUAUUAUGCUGGUAGUCAUGGGAUGGACAUCUUGGGCCCUGUACGAAAAGCGGUGUCCAAUGACCAUCCAAACUGUAAUGAAUCAACUACUGACCAACAGGGCAAGGAGGUGAAUCUGUUUCAGCCCGCUAGAGAAUUUAUACCUAUGAUCGAUGAGGUUUUUAGAACCCUUGUCGAGGAUACUAAGGGGAUCAAAGGUGCAAAAGUUGAGAAUCAUAAAUUUUGCGUCUCUGUACAUUUCCGUAAUGUAGAUGAGAAGAACUGGCAAUCUAUUGCACAAUGUGUUCAGGAUAUUUUAGAUAAGUAUCCUCGUUUGCGAAAAACUCAUGGACGGAAGGUUUUAGAGGUCCGUCCAAUGAUUGACUGGAAUAAAGGAAAAGCAGUUGAAUUUUUGCUUGAAUCUCUAGGUCUAAGUAAUAGAGAUGAUGUACUCCCAAUUUAUAUUGGUGAUGAUCUGACAGAUGAAGAUGCAUUCAAGGUGCUCCGGGAGGGGAAUCGAGGUUGUGGAAUUUUGGUGUCAUCUAGACCCAAAGAAACCAAUGCAGUUUACUCUCUCAGAGAUCCAUCGGAGGUGAUGAAAUUUCUCAAUUCCCUGGUGACAUGGAAGAAGGUGGAUGCAUCCUGAAUAAUAGGAGGACCAUCUGAUGACAUGCAGAGAUAAUUUAGAGAUUUGAUUUUGAAUAUUUUAUAGAUAUUAUUU